AUGAUAACAGUAACCACCACCACAGCCGCCUCGGCCGAGAAAAAACAACUGAUGACGAAUCCUCCUCCUCUUUCUAUGUCGUUUUCUUCUGUUCCAAAUGAAAUAAUUGCUAAUUGCUUAGCCCGUAUCUCCAAAUCUCACUACCGUUCUCUCAGCUCAGUCUCCAAGAGUUUCUACUCUCUCCUUUCUUCUCCAGAGAUCUACGCGGCUCGAUUCCAGAUCGGAGCGACAGAGCCUCGCCUCUAUAUAUGUCUACGGUUACCGAGGGACACCCAUCAUCGCUGGUUCAAUCUCAUGAAUCCUGAUCAAGCCCUAAUCAGCAACGGCGGUGAGAUUAAGAGUGAGUUGAGCUUAGUACCGGUAAAACAAAAACUCUCUUCCUCUUAUGCUUAUGCUCCGUCAAACGCAACCAUUGUAGCCGUCGGUUCCGAAAUCUACCAAAUCGGCAAAAGCAAAGAGGACAAGCGUUCCAGAUCCGUUCGUGUGCUUGACUGUCGGAGCCACACUCUGCGUCGUGCUCCUAAGAUGACGGUGGCAAGGAAAGGCGCCAAGUCUUGCUUUUUAGACGGGAAGAUAUAUGUGAUUGGAGGAUGCAGGAAGAGAGAGGAACCCAUGAGUUGGGGUGAGGUUUUCGACAUAAAGACUCAGACUUGGAAGCUAUUGCCUAGCCCUAGUGGUCAUGGAUUCCAUCCGAAACAUAAAGUUGUAGUUUUUGGAGCAAGGCUAUACGUUGUCACCAAGCAGAACAAGUAUGUCUAUGAUCCCAAGGAAAGAAGAUGGCUUUUAGAGAUGGGGUUGGUGGGUCUAGAACGUCUAGUAUCAGGUAAUAGACCUUGGUGCGUUAUAGAAAAUGUAUUGUUUAGUCAUUAUUGCGGUAAGUUAUGGUGGUAUGAAUUGAGCCGUGGAGAGUGGUUAAUGGUUGAGGGUUUGGGAGAUCUGUACACUAAGCGUGCUGAUGUCUACCGUACGAUUCAAUUAGUUAACCAUGGUGGGAAACUGGUAAUUAUAUGGCACGAGUGGAUUGACAUGGUACGGAGGAAGAAUAAUGGGUUUGAGCGUUAUCUUGGCAUCAAAGGAAAGAGAACUUGUUGUGCGGUGAUUAGGUUGGAGAAGCGUCUGAGUUCUUCAGGAUCGGAGGAGAUUUUGGGGGAGAUUGAACGGUUGAAUGUUGUUGUGCCUACUCUCCCCAGGUCAUACGAUGUCUUGACCUGUCUAUCCGUCUCGCUUUGAUUAUCAUCGAAUGUGGAAAAUCAUCUCUUGCUUUCAACAAUUCUAAUUUAUGUUGCGAUUUUUCACUUUGAGUUUUCUUUCACUUUGUUUUGUAAGAUUUCUUGUUAAUAUAUGUUGUUGAUGAUGAUGA